CGCUUCCUAUUUGUCAUUGGCAAAUCUAAAUUUGAUUGCUACUGUAGUAUGUCACCGUUUUAAGGUGAAGUGAGCAAAAAUAAAUCACAAUCAUACUAAGAGAAUGUCUGCGAAGCCGACUUGUUUGAUUGUGUUGAGCGCCUCUCCGCAAGGGGUGUCAGCAAAGUCAUUCCAGCAGUGCUUCAAUCUUUGCUCUUCUGUGUUUAACCUCCAGACGGCCACGCCGGCGGGGAAGCCAAUAGAUUUUGUCGGGGUGGAUGACAGCACGUCAAGAUGGGUGCAGGACUUCAACAUGAAACCUUAUGCAACUCCUGCCAAACUUGAAUCCAUCGAUGGUGCUCGCUAUCAGUCUCUACUCAUUCCCGACUGCCCUGGAGCGCCCAACGACCUGGCACACAGCGGCUCACUGCACCGUAUUCUCUCACAUUUCAUCUCUCAGAACAAGCCCGUGUGUGCAGUCGGACAGGGAGUAUCAGCGUUGUGUUGCGCCACGGAAGGAAACAGGUGGAUCUUCAACGGCUAUAGUUUGACAGGGCCAUCAGUGUUUGAACUGGUGCGCAGCCCAGACUUUGCCAACCUGCCUUUAAUCGUGGAAGACUUUGUGAAGGACAGCGGUGGCUCAUACACAGCAAGCCAAGAGGAUGCCGUGCACGUUGUCACCGACAGACACCUGAUAACUGGACAGAACAUGCAGUCCACCUGGCUUGCUGUCAACAAUUUAAUUCUGCUCUCUAGUGCCAAGUAAGAUUACCUGUAUCAAUUUCACGCCACUGUACAUUGGUACCUUGACCUCAGAGUUUAAUUUGAUCUGUCACCAAACUCAGAUGAAUGCACUUGAGUAUCAAAUCAA